CUUCCUUUUGCUUCAUCUCACUGCCCUCCACUCCUCCACUCCGCUCCGCCCCGCCCCUUCAUCCUCUCCUCACAGAAUUGACGACGUCGCGUCGCGUCGCCGAGAGCAGCGGCACGAGCCCGGCGUGGCCAGCAGGAUCGCAAGAGCAGAGGAAAGCAGGCAAGAUACGAUCGCGAUGGACAUGCCUUCCUCCAGCGCAGAACGACAGGAGCUGUUCCUGAAACCAGAGACGUCAGCACCACCACAAACCGAAACACCCAAGCCCCUCCGCAUUCAGAAGCAGUCUUCACCACCACCCCAGCCCUCGACCUCGAUCCCGUAUCCCGUCGAUCCUCAGCAGCAAUGGGCACGGUAUCGAGUGCCACCUAGCGCGUUCGGCGCUCCCACCUCCCCUCCACCCUCUGGACCUCUUCCGCUGCCGUACCCCGACGACCGUACCCGCCGACAGGCCACACCAGGCGCAUCGCAGCCGCAAGAAUUGGCAGACACAACGGCCAGGCGGCCACGCAAGGACAGCAUGUCGUCACAAGGAAGUGGCAGUGCCGCAGCAGGAGGGAGAGCCAGGUUCGCGGCAAACGACCCGAACAAGCCUACUGUGGGGGGAUAUGGGGGUUCUCCGUCACCAGUGUCGACUUCCAGACUAGCUGAACGACGGGGAGCUCCUGCUAAAAACAUCUUUCCUCCCGAUUCCCCAGGUGGUCCAGAGCCCCCUCUGAAGAGCGACGAAGAUGAUGGGUUAUUCGCAGUCAAGGUCACGCGUAAGCCCAGCGAGCCGACAAACGACUUUCAGCAAUUCUAUCCUCCUCCACUGGGUGCUGCGCCGCUUGCCAGCAGCAACAGCACACCAAGCAGUAUACCAGCACAGAGCAAACUACACAUCCCGGAUCCUGCUGGGGUGAAUCGAUUAAGCAGCACGGCAUCGACAUCCACGACACGAGCUUCCCGAGGAUCACCCCCGCCCCCGGAAACACCAAUCGGUGGAGAUGCAGUGCCAUCGGAUCUCAGCGGCAUUGAGGCGAGAUAUGCAGCUUCUGGGAUACCCGGCACAAGCACUUUGAACGAGAUGCAGGCACAAAGUGCAGCAGCCGCAGCACGGCGAGCGCACUAUGCACAACCGCAGCCCAGGCGAGGCGAGCUGAAUGCGCCGCAAUCGACGGGCCAAUACAAUGCUAGUGGCAGGUGGAGUCCAACAGAACAACCUGGUUCCGCGCCACAUGGACCCCCGAUCGCUUUUCAAGGGACGGAAGAAGUCUCCUCACAACAACGACCGCCUCAACAGAAUUAUCCAAGACCUAGUCAGCCGUCUGGUGCCUCACCUAGCAAUGUCAACAACCUCGAGGGUGGAAUGAACAACAUGAGCAUUCACGAGGAACCGCCACCAGCUUACUCGCCCGCUCCCGCUGGAUCCGCCAACUCGCAGUACCCAAAUGAAAAGGGCAGAUAUGCACAAUCUGCAAGUCCCAGUGUCGCAGCAUCGGAUCGUGGACGGCGACCAUCUGAUCUCAGUAGACCGCAUCCCGCUUUUGCUAACGAUCCUCCGCAGCACUUGUCGACUCCAUCCCCACAGCCUGGAUCAUCACAGCAAAAUGGGGCGGCAGCAGCAGCAGCACAUGGUAUGGCACCAAUCAACAUCGCGCAGGCGAACCAGUCUGCAUCACCACAGCCUGGUCCCGCAGGUCCUGCAAGUCCGCCGCCUCUUCCAGAGGGCUGGAUCGCGCAUCUCGAUAACAAUUCGGGGCACUACUACUAUAUUCACUUACCCACGCAAUCGACACAAUGGGAAUUUCCCAAAGGACCCACACCGCUCAAUCUACAGGAGCCCAUGUCUCCCGUGGGAGGACUCGCAAGCCCCGUCGGCUCAGUAUUCAAGCAGCCACUGGCAUCUCCAGGGUUUCCCGUGCAGCAAAUGGCAAACUACGACCGCAACAGCAUGUUCACCAUGAACCCGUUAGCAAGUCCGACCGCAACAGGCUUUACUGGCCCGCCGCCCAGCGCUGGAGUGGACAUGUACAAGAUUACGCCCUCGAACGCAGUGUACUUUGGUCCGUACCUGCGCUAUACCAAUAUGGAUCUCGAGCGAGGAUUAUGGCUUGGCAGUAUCAUGCUCAUCACUGAUGCUGGUAAUCAGCCACCCACCAUACAUCUCCACCAGUCGCAAGACUUGAGUCCCAAUCCCAGACAGUUGAAAGCACAUCCAAUACACUCACAUCAGCGAUGGAUCUUUUACAGAUAUGAUGUCGACCUGAAGAUGGACGACCAGGGCGCCGCCAAGUGGACAUAUGCCAUCACCUCACACCUGGGCUGCACGAGGUACGAGUUCCUGGUUGCUGGGAGGAACGACACGAGCUGGCGAUUUGUGGCGCAUUCUGGCAACGACUUUGCGAUCAACGUCUCCGCGAAUGAAAGGUCUCGACUAGGAGGUGCACCUCUGAUGUGGAAGGAUGUGCUCGUGAAGCAUCAGGAAUGCGGUGGAUUUCAUACUCAAGUGGGACUGGGAGGUCAGAUUUACGCAGAUCGCUUGUGGAAGGACAUUCCGGCCUUGAAACAAUGGACGCAAAUCAGUGGGAAAGAAAAUCGCAAGACUGCGCAGUGGACCGCGAAGAUGGAAGAGGAUGUCACGCAUGCGUACUUCCACUACUACACUUCACAUUUCGACCAGCCGGCUGUCAAGGAAGCUUUUGCGCAGAUCCCACAUGUAUGCUGCUUGGACGACCAUGACAUUUUCGACGGAUAUGGCUCGUACCCCGAGUACAUGCAAGAAAGCCAUGUCUUCAAGAAUCUGGGUCGCAUCGGGAUCGAGAUGUUCCUAUUAUUUCAGCACCACACCACCCACGAAAUCCUGCGUAACGUGUCCAAUGAUAUUGAUCUGUUUACCAUCACUGGCAAGGGCUGGCACUUUGUGAAGUACCUGGGCCCUAGCGUGGUCAUUGUGGGACCCGAUACAAGGAGCGAGCGCAACGAGAAACAAGUCAUGGCCGGCCCAACGUAUCAAGGCAUCUUUCCCAAGGUCGCCACCUUGCCACCGAGCGUACAGCACUGUAUCUGGCUGAUGCCGGUACCCAUCAUCUAUCCGCGGCUGGAAGGCGUGGAACAAAUGGCCAGCACGGUGCAGACGGGAAAGAAGGUGGUCACUGGCGGCUUCAAUAUGCUUGGUAAAGUCACGGGAGGCGUCGCCAGUAUCGUCGGUGCAAAAGGCAUGGUGAAUCACGGUUUCGACGCCGCUAAGAAAGCCGUCGGAAAGUCGGGGCUCAUGCAAGGCGUCCUCAGUCCCUUUGGCGAGAUUAAUACUCUCGAUGAGUUGCGUGAUUUGUGGACGCACGAUUCAAAGGACCUCGAGCGCACCUACAUCAUUCGCACUCUACAAGGCAUCUCCCACAACAAAUCCCUCCGCAUGACCUUCCUCUCCGGUUCCGUCAACGUUUGCGGCGCAGGCCUUGUACACGAUCCCGCUCAUCCCUCGGAUCACAAGACGAUGUACCAGCUCAUCACAUCAUCUAUCGUCAAUGCACCAGCUCCCAGUCUCAGCAUCAAACUACUCCACAAUAACAAACAAAUAUACAUCCCGGCAAACGGCCACAGAAGUGUCGUGGGACAACAAAGCGACACGAAAGAAGACAUGAUGGAAAUCUUCGCGGCAGACGUCGAUGGACGGCCGCGCGAGAUGAGGAGACUGAUGGGGCGGAGAAACUACUUGGCUUGUGUUGCUUAUGAUCCUGAACUGGUGCAAACGGCUUUCAGUUCCGGCGGACAGACUCCCGGCUCGGAGCAUCGAGGCGGUGCGGGGAGGUUAUCUUUGGCUGCUGAUUUUAUGGUGCAGAAUGAGGGGGCAUUUGGACAGCCGAUGAAGUAUGGACCAGUGAUUGUCCCGAGCUUGGAAUACGGACGAUAGUCGUCCAUCUUUGGCUCGACUUCUUCUUCUUCUUCUUGUUGUUCUUCUUCUUUUGGUGUCACGUUGUAUUCUGCAGAGACGCAUUUGAGCGUGCGUGGAGCGUUCCGGCGAAGCAUGUCGAUUGAGAGAGAGAUAAUGAGGCCUUGGAAUGAGAUGCGUGCGAAACAACAGUUGUUCCCGUCACUCCAUCUUCGAAGCUUUUACGGUAUAUUCAUUUCACCUUCAGAAUUGAUUUCAUGGAGAGCCUCGGCUGAGCGCAUCCAUGUAAAGGUCAUGGCUUCCAGCAUGAUGC